CACAUGGCAAGAAACAUUAUGGACACAUUUGCAGUAGAAGCAUUACCUCUGAAUAUUAGGAGGCAUCAUUAUAACAUGCACCCUUCUAGUUUCGCCAUUAAUUUCAUUUGUUCAACGAAGAGGAGAUGGCAUCCAAGUGAGAGAAGGAAAGUGGCGGCCGCCCGUGCUCGUUCGGAUCAUAUACCAGCAUCCACCGCCGUUGCCGUUGGAGUUGCUGCAGAGAACGAGAAGCAGCAGCCUUUGGAACUCGCAGCAGGAUCCGUUGAUGUUGUAGUUGAUGCGGCUUCAGAGAAUGUGAAGCAGCAGCCUGCAGUGACUUUGGAACUCACUGCACUAGUCACUGUCAAAAGGAAAAGUGAAAAUAAGUUAAAUACCAUGAAAGAGAUGAUGCUUAGGCGGUUUGGCAAUUAUGCUUCACAUAAUGGCCAUGGUGAUCAUCAUAAUCACAAGGGUGUUGUGCUACAGCUUGUUAGUACUCAAAUCCACACAAAGGAAAUGAAGCCAAACCUGAGUGAGGAAGCUAUAUUGGAUUGGACAAGGAAUUUGAAAAUGGGUGCCGGGAAGACCAGUACUUACGAAGUUAAAUUUGUGGUGGAUUCUAACUUUGGGAUGCCGGGAGCCAUCACGGUUAGCAACAGAGACCGGAGCGAGUUCUAUUUGGAUGGCAUCAACAUUGAAGGUGCUAUUAAUUUUGCCUGCAACUCUUGGGUUCAACCGGAGUGCGAAAACCCUGCCAAAAGAAUCUUCUUCUCUACCAAUAAGGCAUACUUACCUAGUGAAACACCAGGAGGGCUGAAAGAACUAAGAAAAAUGGAGCUAACUCAACUGAGGGGUGAUGGAACAGGAUUUCGAAAACCAUCUGAUAGAAUAUACGACUAUGACACUUACAAUGACAUUGGAAAUCCAGAUCUGGGAGAUGGAUACAUAAGGCCCAUCCUUGGAGGCAACAAACAGCCACACCCAAGACGCUGUCGAACUGGAAGGCCUCGAACCAAGACAGAUGAGAAUCUGGAGUCACCAGUAAAUGAAUUCCUGAUGGCCUAUGUACCUAGAGAUGAAGAGUUUGAGGAGUCCAAGAUAGAAUCUCUUGAUCUUGGAAAGUUAAAGGCAAUUCUGAGGCACAUUAUUCCUAUACUAACAACAGUCACCAGGAAUACUGAUGUUUUCAAGGUCCAUUCAGAUAUCAGAGAUCUGUAUAGGGAUAUAUCUUCGGUCGAAAUGAACACUAAGAUGAAUCUUUCAUGGACAAAUAUAUUCAACAAAGUUCAGGAAUUCCUCAAAUUCGAUCCUCCAAAGUUAGACAAAAGGAUUACAUCUUGUUGUUUCCCAGAUGACGAGUUUGGCCGUCAAGCACUUGCAGGCAUAAAUCCUCUAAGCAUACAGAGGCUCACAACUUUCCCACCUGUAAGCAAACUGAAUGCCUCAACUUAUGGCCCACAAGAAUCGGCACUCAAGGAAGAACAUAUACUAGGCCAUCUAAAUGGCAUGUCUGUGCAACAGGCAUUGGAAGAAAACAAGCUGUUCAUACUAGACUAUCAUGACAUUUUCCUUCCGUUUAUCAACCAAAUAAAUGCUAUGGAUGACCUAAAAGCUUAUGCAACACGUACAAUUUUCUUCCUCACCCCAUUGGGAACAUUGAAGCCCAUCGCUAUUGAGCUCAGUCUCCAUCAAACCAAUUCAAAUUCACCAUCCAGGCAGGUUCUCACUCCUCCAGUUGAUGCUACAACAUUUUGGCUUUGGGAACUUGGCAAAGCCCAUGUAUGCUCCAAUGAUUCCUGCGUUCAUCAACUCAUUCAUCACUGGUUACGCUCCCAUGCGUGUAUGGAACCAUUUAUCAUAGCAACUCAGCGGCAGCUGAGUGCGAUGCAUCCCAUCUAUAGACUUCUCAAGCCUCACAUUCGAUACACAAUGAAGAUAAAUGCAUUGGCCCGUCAGUUUCUGAUCAAUUCUGAAGGAAUAAUUGAGUCUACUUUCACUGCUGGCAAACAUAGCAUGGAGAUUAGUUGUGCUGCAUAUCAAGACUGGUGGCGUUUUGACCUUGAGGGCCUUCCUGCAGAUCUCAUUAGAAGAGGAAUGGCAAUACCCGACCCCGGUCAGGUCCAUGGACUAAGACUACUUAUCGAAGAUUAUCCUUACGCAACAGAUGGGCUCCUCAUAUGGACAGCAAUUGAGAGAUUGGUUCAAACCUAUGUCCGUUAUUACUAUCCUGAUGCAAGUGUGGUUCAUUCUGAUACAGAACUGCAAGCCUGGUACAAGGAAUGGAUCAAUUCAGGCCAUGCCGACCUUCGCCAUGCUAGCUGGUGGCCACAACUCUCUACUCCAGACGAUCUUGCCUCCAUUCUCACCACCGUCAUUUGGCUCUCAUCAGCAUACCACGCUGCAUUGAACUAUGGGCAGUAUCCAUAUGGCGGAUAUGUCCCAACCCGCCCACCACACAUGCGAAGACUACUGCCACAAGAGCAUGAACUAGAGUAUGCUACUUUCAUUAAGGAUCCAGAGAAAUAUUUUCUAUCGUCAUUGCCAAAUUUACUAGAAACAAUAAAAUAUAUGGCUGUGCUAGAUAUCAUCUCAGCGCACUCCCCGGAUGAGGAGUAUAUUGCCGAUAGAAAAGACUUGUCCACUUGGUCAGCUGACCCAGUUAUCAUUGAGGCAUUUUACAGAUUUUCUAUGGAUAUGAGGAGGAUUGAAAAGGAGAUUGAACGAAGAAAUGCCGAUUCAAGACUGCGUAACAGAUGUGGGCCAGGGAUUCCACCAUACGAGCUGCUGAUGCCAAGCUCAGAACCGGGGGUUACAGCCAGAGGAGUGCCUAAUAGUAUAUCAAUUUAAGGAUUGACACAAUUUGAAAGAAUGUAUUCCUGUCAUGACAAGGAAAGCUAGAUCAAUAUGAGAAAAGAAUUAUAAAUAUGAUGAUACUAAACCUA